AUGAAUAGUUGUAUUAUUAAUAAUAUUUGUGAAAUACACAAGAUGAGUCAAGAGUUCAUUUGUUAUGAUUGUAAUGUUUUAGCAUGUUCUGUUUGUUCACUAAAACACGGACGUCAUUCAUACGAUCAUAUUUACAAUAUUAAAUCAAAGAUCAAAGAUUAUUAUAAUAAAGAUGAUUCAGUAGCUCCCACAGAUGACAAUGAGAUCAAUAAUAGCAAUAAUAAUAAUAUAAUAGGAUUUAAAGAUAUUGAAAAUAGUAUUCAAACAACAUUCAAUUCUUUGACAUUAAAAGUUGCAGAAUAUGAACAACUACAACAAACAGAACAAGAGGUAUCAAAUAAAUUCAAAGAGUUACAUGAAUUCCUUAUUGUUGAAGAAUAUAGAUUAAGGAAACCAAUCAUCGAAAGUAAACAACAAUUAGAACAACAAAUCGAUAAACAAAUCAAAAUCAUGAAAUCAUUGAAUAUUCCAACAACCCAUACAUUGUUCUAUUUCGAUGAUCAACUUGACAGCAAAGUAAACAACAAUGAUCAUGAUCAUUCACUGUUAAAUGGUACUUACUUGAACAUCAAUAAAACAAUUAAAAUCAAUAAUAAUGAUGACAAUCAACAAACAAAACCACAACAAUAUCAAUUAAUUGUUAAUAAUGAACAAAUCAAUCAAAUCAAGAAUCAAAUUCAAUCAUCAUUUAAAUUGAAAUCAAAUCAUUCAAACAUUCAACCUAAACAUAAACAAUCAUAUAUAUUCUCAACUGAUAUGGAUAAUAAAAUAUCUAUUAUCAAUAUUACAAAUCGAGACAACAUUCAUUUUGAACAAGGUAUCAAUAUGGAAAUGAUUUAUGAUUCUCAAGCAGCAUUCAACUCAACAGUCAAAGUUGGUGACUUUAUCUAUAUAUUUGGUGGUGGUCGAAAUAAUAAUAAACACAAUAAAUUUAUCAAGUAUUCAAUCAACACUAAAGCUUUUGUUGUCAAUGAAAUGAAAGGUGUUGAUCCAUGCAAAUAUCUUUCUGCUUGUUAUGAUGGUCAAGAUCAUAUCUAUUUAUUCGAUGGAAAUACUAAAACAAAUACGGAUAUUUACAGAUUCAACAUCAACGAUUCAACAUUCGAAAGAUACACAACAAUUGAAAUCAAAACAGAAUACCAUCAACUUACAUUCCUCUUCAAAGAUUAUAUCUAUACUUUCACUCCAAAUAUUUGUAAGCUUUUUAAGUUUGACAUGAAGAGCAAAACAAUGGUUGAAUUACCAUAUAAAAUACCUGAUAACUCAUCAAGAGCAGCAUGUACAGAUGGCAAUGGCAAUAUCUAUAUUCUUUCGGUUUUAGGAUUACAACGUUUCAAAGUUGAAACCAAUGAAAUCAAAUUACUCGAUAACAAUCUUUCUUCCUGUUGCUGUUCAAACGCAAUUCGUUGUCAAAUCUCAGAGAGAAGUUUGCCAUCAUCAAAAGAUCUGUUAAAAGCAAAAAAAGACCGUUUAUGCAUGAGUCUUACUGCUGAUGCUUCUGCUAUCUUGCUAGAUCAAUCUAUAUGGCUUACUAUGAUGACAAAGAGAAUGUUUAAUACCAUACAUAGAUUAAGAGUUUUACAUCAUGGACUAAGAAAAGGUGUUCCAAUACGUCAUAUUCCUAGUAUUUGGAUUUUGGUGUGGCUACAGCGCGCCAGUGCGCGCGGCGUCACGGCCACAGCCAAUACCCAACUUUUUUAA